CUAUAGGCUGCAGAGCUGACAGGCGCCGCCGAAAGGACAGGGAGCGGCGACGGCGUCCCCGGUGGGAUCUGGGAGGCAGCCACGGCUAUGCUGGAGGCGGCUCGGCAGAGGCUCCCACCGGCCUGAACCCAUCCAUCCCAGGCUCCUGCCGGCGCGGUCAACGGGCGAGCGGGUCGGUGAGUGGAGUCUCCCAACUGGAGGGGGGAAUAAGCAGAGCAAGCGCAUCCAUAGUCCUCUACUAGGCUCAGCAGAGAAGCUGCAACCUGCAAAACCAAGAGAGGGCUGUUGUGUGUUGUGUCCUCGCCAUGUCUGGACAUCAAGGUUGGGCAGACCUGCCAGAUGUUCUGCUUCAUUCGAUUGUUGCUCUGCUGGGCUCCUUCUCGGACCUUCUUGCCUUCGCUGCCACCUGCCGCUCAUGGUGUGAUGCCCUCUCCUCGUAUCCAUCGAAAUCUACCUUCUCAACGCUCUUCCCGCCUCUCCUCCUCCAACCUGAUGUCCCGGUGCGCUCUCCCCGUAUGCCGCCAAAAUUUGGUGACAAAUAUCCAUGUCGUGUCCUUGAUCUAGCCAGCCAACACUCGCGUCUUUGCUCUCAGAUUCCCCUAAUUAAUCUUUCUCGUCUAAGUAAUGACCCCCAGAGUCCGCUGGGUAGUUUCUGCUUCGUGGGUGCUUCUUAUGGCCAUCUCAUCUUCUCUUGCAACAGGUCAUGUCUCAUUGUUGAUGCGUUUACAGGUGUUACUGUUACACCGCCACAGCUACCGGGUGACGAAUACACCGAGGUUUACUACGGUGCCCUCACGGGUCCCCUAUGGUCACCCAACUCACAUCUCCUUGUCACUAACGGAUCCCACAGUUUCUUCUGGCAUGCUGCUAGUCAUUCUUGGUUGAGGCCUUGUCCCUGCGAUGGAACGGUCAAGCAGAUCGUGACCUUCAGAGGCCAGAUCUUUGGGAUGGACUCUGGUGGCAUGCUCUUUGCCGUGCAUUUGGCACCUCAGAUCUGCAUACAAAAAAUGAUAGUAAGUUGGGAGGAAAUCAUGUCCACCAUACGGCAUCUUGCCAAUGUAUGCCUGGUGGCGUGUGGGGAUAUGCUUCUCAUGGUCGGUUGUCGGGGAUCAUUUCCGGCGAGAGGGGAUACCUUUGAAGCCUUCCGCCUCGACCAGUCAACUGGGCAUCCAAAGUGGGUGCAGGUGGAGGAGUUGGGGAAUUGGGUGAUCUUCAUCAGCACCGACAAAAGAAGCCAACCAUUAUCUUUCAUGAACCCGGAGAGGUGGGGAGGAAAGAGCAACCGAGUAUACUGCUAUUCCCAUGAUUCUGAACAUUGGGCUGCAUUUGAGCUGGGCAAGCCCGCCUCCGAUCCAGAUAAUUUUGUUUCAAUGAGCCAAGGCAGCAUGGUGCAGCCUAUGUGGGUUGUCCCCAGCAUGUUCUCUCUGUGUCUUUGAUGGAUGUGCAUUCUUUUUAUGCAUGGCUAUAUUUGCUAGCUGGAGCAGCUUCUUCUAUAAGAAUGUGUCGGAAUGCAUGAAAUAUGUCCAUAGGAAAAUCAUGUGAUCGUUGAAAGGAAAUUUGUCGUUGUUAUUUUGGCAUCACUUGGAUGUGUGGUUGGAGUAUGGUAUCUUGUACUCAGUUUCAGAUUUUUAUGGCAGUGAUGUAUUUGACUAUGAUCUGAUGCAUGUCAUUUGUUUGUCUGUCCCAAACCUGAGCCGACUCCUGUAACCGUUAAUUCCAGUUUCUGGGUAUUAGUGUUGGUUAUAACA